GACGCUCCCGAUGGGCGGGGCAUCGUCAGCGGCGUCGCGGUGUGGAGGACCUGUAGUAACAUCGCAGCCACGGACACGGAGUGUUGUUUCCAAUUAGUCCCGAGACAGCAGCACCGACCGGAGGGCAGCAGCAGGGGCUUGUGGAUAAGAUGGCGGAUGUAGAGAGCGAUGAUACGCGGUCGGCUCUCCCUUCGGCAUCCCAUAACGGCCCCGCGGUCGCCGGGUCUCCGGGCACCGAGGGCCUCAGCAGCCCGACGACGGUGACGUCCGGUCCGCGGAUGGUGCGGAUAGUCAAGUCCGAGUCCGGCUACGGUUUCAAUGUCCGCGGCCAGGUUAGCGAAGGAGGGCAGCUGCGGAGCAUCAACGGAGAGCUGUACGCUCCUCUCCAGCAUGUCAGCGCCGUCCUGCCCGGCGGGGCUGCGGACAGAGCGGGCAUAGCAAAGGGUGACCGGAUCCUGGAGGUUAACGGGGUGAGCGUGGAGGGCGCCACCCACAAACAAGUGGUGGAUCUGAUCCGCGCCGGUGAGAAGGAGCUGGUCCUGGCGGUGCUCUCGGUGCCGCCGCAGGAGGUCGACGGUCUGGAGGGAGGCGAGGACAUCCAGCCCAACUACGACUACAGCGACAAGCAGGCCGUGCCCAUCUCCAUCCCCACGUACAAACAUGUAGAGCAGCACUCGGAGAGGUUUGUGGUAUACAACGUGUACAUGUCAGGCAGACAGCUGUGCUCCAAACGUUACCGGGAGUUUGCCAUCCUCCACCAGAACCUGAAGAGAGAGUUUUCCAACUUCAACUUCCCCAAGCUCCCCGGAAAGUGGCCUUUCUCCCUGUCCGAGCAGCAGCUGGACGCUCGGCGCAGAGGCCUGGAGGAAUACAUUGAGCGAGUGUGUUCUGUGCGGGUGAUCGGGGAAAGCGACAUAAUGCAGGAGUUUCUCUCGGAAUCAGAUGAGAACUACAACGGCGUGACGGAUAUGGAGCUACGGGUCGCGCUGUCAGACAAAACCACUAUCUCUGUCAGAGUGCGAAAGAACAGCACCACGGACCAAGUUUAUCAGGCGUUAGUGGUGAAGGUUGGAAUGGACAGUAUUAUGGCCAGCUACUUUGCCCUGUUUGAGGUCAUCAACCACUCAUUUGUGCGGAAGCUGGCACCCAACGAGUUCCCACACAAGCUUUACGUGCAGAAUUACACGUCGGCCGUGCCGGGCACUUGCCUGGCACUUCGCAAAUGGCUCUUUAGCUUCCAGGAGGAGGAGUUGCUCAGAGACAACCCGCUGGCUCUGCACUACUGCUUUCACCAGGCGCUGGAUGAUGUGAAGAAGGGAUUCAUAAAAACAGAGGACAAAUCCUACCAGCUGCAAAAGCUGGCAGAGCAGCGCAAGAUGGCCACGUACCUGAGCCAGUUGCGCUCUUGUGAGGGCUACAACGAGGUGGUUUUCCCCCACUGCUCGUGCGACUCCAGGAGGAAGGGCCACGUCAUCACAGCCAUCAGCAUUCAUCACUUUAAGUUGCAUGCUUGCACGGAGGAUGGCACGCUGGAGAACCAGGUGAUAGCGUUUGAGUGGGGGGAGAUGCAGCGCUGGGACACGGACGAGGAGGGAAUGGCCUUCUGCUUCGAGUACGCCCGGGGAGAGAAGAAACCUCGCUGGGUGAAGAUUUUCACUCCAUAUUUCAACUACAUGCAUGAGUGCUUUGAGCGAGUCUUCUGCGAGCUGAAGUGGAGGAAACAGGUUGAGGAGGAGGCUUCUGAUAAAGACAACAAAAACUGCAGCAACAACGGUAAGAAGCAACCACUAGCAGAAGGGAAGAGGGGUGACGUCUGUCUUAUGAUUGAUGCCCACGUUCCUUUCUGACAGCCUGAAAGGACAAGAAUAUCUGCCGCCUCUGGAGACGCAGCAGAAGGGAUGGCGCCACCUAGGGGGGGAGAUCGCCACUUCCUAAAAAAUACAAAAAAAACACUCAUUUUGAACUCUCAACUGAUAUCCACUCGCAUCGUCACACCACGGAGAGCGCGCCCCUCCAUUGACCACAGCAGAACUUGAGGGACACAAGGAUGCGGUUCACGGCCCUUCCCUGCCCCUAUGAAAACACUCAUACUUGGAUCGAUGAGUUUUGGGAGAGUUUGGAAUAGUCACCCCAUUAAAACAAAACCCAGGGAUACUCACCAAGACGAGCGAUGAAGGGAAGUAGUAGGCUUACAUUUCAUUCACCAGGUCUCCAUAGUGCGUCUGUGAGAUGCUCCUCCUCAUGCAAACAGCCUGUGGCGUUAAAAAAAAAAAUCACGCUCAUCCAGCAUGCUUGACCCCCUGAAAAUGGGACUGGCGGUGUUGUGCUCGGCCUUGAGACAGAGUGGGAGAGCCGGACAAAGGGGAGGGAAAGUGUGGGCAGAAAAAAAAGACUACCUUUUCUCGAGUCGAAAGAUGCAACAUUGAUGCUGGACAUGAAGACUAAUAACGUGUUUUCUAUUUGCGGGGUCUUUGUUUUGUUUCUCUUUCCUGUCCAAAAACACAGGUGACACAAAAUGUAAACUCACUGUCCUAUUGUUGUGUAUGUUUAACAAGCCUUUUUCUGAUCAAAUAUAGAUUAAUAUAAGAGCUAUAAUAAUUGAUUCAUUCAACUAACAUGCAUUUGCAACGCAGAGGUGUUCUGUAUACCAUGAUUUAUCGUGUCAUAUUUUGGUCGGAAUCUCAUUAUGGCUAGUAAGACAUGGCAGAUUAUCAGAUUUGCAUAAUUACAAAAAUGUUUAGAAAUUAUUUUCAUUUGCUGCUGUUCUCUAAAUGGACAGCAGAGGGAAGCAGAUUGCUGCUGGCGUAUGAUUUGUGUGUGCGUGUGUGUGUGUGUGUGUGCGUGCGUGCGUGUGCGUGCGUGCGUGCGUGCGUUCCCAAAGGCUGUGUUACUCAACUAGCAAAGUGUACCUCCUCUGCAGAAGGUUCAUUAAAUAUGUCGCAAAGUGUGCGUGUGCGCCAGCUGUCUGCCGUAUGUCACAGUAUUAGUUGUUUUUUCACUAUAUUACCCUAUAUAUUUUUGGUUAAGUAGGUUUACAUCUUGAACUAACCUUAUGCAUUAAAGUCAGAGGUUUGAAUGUUUAAUUGCCGAACCUGAAAGUAGUAAUGAUCCGAUGUUUUAUUUAAUUCAAAGUGACUUUAUAGGAAUGCACAUUCAACCAUUUGAACACACGUUCAAGUUUCAAUGUUGCGUGAUUGUGCAUGUCUUAUGUAAGAGGCAGGUAAUUGUUUUGUCUUUGGACGAAUGAACACUAAGAAGGGCGGUUGUCCUGUGGUUGUUUUUUUAACUGUUGUGUGCAGCAUAUCACUGAGCUCCCGUAGCACAAAAUGGUGCACGCUUGUCUUGUUAUUUUGUGGUUUGACAAAAUUACGUGUGUGCAGGAUUAGUGUCCGUCUUUUACAGCAUUCUGGGCACAAGCCCCUGUUAGUUAGUAGUCUGUGAUUGCAUGAUUUUGCUUGAUAGACUUUUGGACUAAACUUCGAUCUUUACUCAACUGCAAAGACUACCAGGUUUUUUGCAGGGAGGCCUUUAUUUGUUCAAAAGCAAUUUUCAUAAUUCCCCUUUAAAUAAUUAAAUCUAAUUUACUUAAACAUAUUUAAAUAUGAAUAUUGUUUUUAAAGUUGAAUAAAUAUGCAAUAUCUAUUUUAGUUUAAUUAAUUUUUUCAAUCCCAAAUUCUUUUAGGAUUGAAAUGUUUCUCAGCCAUGUUUGCUGUCCACUGGGGUGUCAAAAGUCAUGCAACACCAAUUACCAGCACAACCUUGUUAUUAAAACUUUAUGGCCCCUGUUUGUUCCAAUUGGGCAAUGAGCCUUUCAAUUAAUUGUGGCUUGACGUCUUAUCACAGCAGAGGCCACUUUAAGAAGAAAUACAGUAUUUUAGCUUGUGUUUGCACCUUCCUCCUCAGGUUGGUGUCCCAUCAUUAUAGCACUGGGACACGGUUGCCGUGGUAGCGCCAUGCCGGCUCGACACACCUCUGUGUCAUUGUCAGUGGUUUCUGCCAGCUAGAUCCACGCCACAAUAAAUAAGGCAAAGCACUUCUAUCUCUUUGGAGGUUUAUGCUGCAGGCUUUGUGUGUGUGUGUCUGAGUGUGUCAUUGUCUGCCAUCAAUGAGGUGAAUGUCACUGUGUGUUGUUUUUAGUCAGAAGCAGGGGGAUGACAGGAAUGUUAUAGAGCAUGCUCCAGCCGUGUUUGAUAUUUUCUGUUAAGAGAGUGAAAGGACAUUACUCUGCGAUCCAUCAUAAAGUUAGCAUCAAUUGCGGUUAGACUUCAGAUUCUUCUCAGCAGUGUGGUCCUGUCUGUUAUAUAUGUCACUAUCUGUGAAAGAAGCAUAGCGGAGGCGACUCAGGCCGUCGCUAAGGAGACUGCUCCUUUUGUUGGCCACUGACGUCUGGUGAGGCUCACACGUCAUUAUUGUUUAUUUUUGUGGGCGACUUAUCUCCUUGUCUUGAAAAGUCGGGCCUCUAUGCUGCAAACUGUCGUCAACAUAACUGUAAAUAGUAUUGUUUGGUGAAAAAAAAACAAAUUAUAAUGCACUCACGUUUGUCUGACCUUAUUUAUUUAAGCUGAAUUAGGGGAGCGAACGACGCACACGAUGACUAAACGCUGCCUAAACAGCAUGGAUGAGCACCUUGGGUCACACCUGACAUGCCCGCUCAGGCUACAAGGUUGUUUUUAACUCUAAAAAAAGGUUUACUAACCAAUAAAAGGAAGAUGGAAAAUGUAGAGUAAUAAAUUGUAACAACAUUUUAAAUAAAGUUAUAUAUUGGAGAUGA